AUGGCUAAAACGAACAAUGUGGAUCGCUGCAUAGCCAACCGGUGUUGUUUCAAGGCCGCUCCAGUGAGUGCUGCAAAGGCCAAAUGCAUGACUCCCAUGGCCCGUAUUGCUUCAAUUUUCGGCGACAAGAAAUAUGUCUUGAAUUAUCAAACAAAAACUAUCCCUUGUUUCCAAUGGUUACAGUUGCAGGAUCACGAAAUAGGCCCCGAAAUCAAAGCUUAUUCAAAACUUCGUUAUCCUAUUGAAUUGAAGGCUGUAUUUGAGAAAGAAAUUUGCCAAAGACACCCCGAAUGCAAAGGUCUCGUUAUGCUCCAGUUCAAGGAUCGAUAUACAUUUUUGUGCCAUAAGCAGCGCCUUCAGGAACACCUCGACUCCAAUUCAAAAUGUCCCCCUUACUUUAUCGAUAUCCAAGGAAACCAACCGGCACAGCGCGACCAACCACCGCAUUUGCAAGAGUGGCUGGGAAUCAAGCUGCUGCCCUUUUUGUCAUCUGAUGAAACAUAUUUUUUUAUGCCCUUUGUGCCGCCCUACAUGGUCGCGCUGACGGGAUGGAUGCUGGAAUAUCCUGUCAUCUAUGUAUCGCAUGUAGAUCAAGAUGAUCCCAACGUGGAGCUGGAUGAAUGGGAACCACGGACCAAUUGUCUGGGAGGCCAGCCGCUUCAGGUCAUUGGCGUGUGGCUUCAUAAUAAUCACAGUCCCUUGAGUAAGGAUUACAAGCUGUUAAGUUUCAGUUAUCCACAAGACGUGAUUCACAGUUCCGAUCAUCGUCUAUCGAUCGAAACCGCGCUGGAACACAAAAUGCGGAGACGACUGCAAGAUCAAAACCACCGUCCAUGUCUUCAAUCGACCGCGCUUGAACUCGAGAAAACAUCCACUGUACUAGAUCGUGUCGCUUUGUAA